AUGGCCGCUUCCAACGUUGCUUUUGGCUCCCUCUCCGCCGCCCUCGCUCAGGCCAUCGCCUACCUCACUCGUCCCCUCGCUACUCGCUUCUCCCCUCUCACCGUGGUCAAGCUGCAGCACGCGCUCGAGGCCAACCUCACUGCGCACUUCGCUCCCUCGUGGAACCCCGCCGAGCCCCUCCGCGGCUCUGGCCGUCGCUGCCUUAGCCUCACGCCCUCCGGCCUCCCUCCCCGCACCCUCUACAACGCUUGCAAGGCGGCCGGCGUUGAGUGGUCCGAGUGGAUCGCCCUUCUCGGCAACAUCGAGUUCGACCUCUUCGUCGACCCCGGUUGCGUCUCCAUUCGCUUCGGCAGCUGGGGCACCGGCAGGGUCGGCAAGUUCUUCACCGUCUGGUCUGAGGACACCGUCAGCAAGGCCGAGCAGAAGGAGAACGUGGCUAUCAAGGAGGCGCGCCUUGAGGCCGAGCUCCGCGCUCAGGCUGCCGCCCGCGCCGCGCCGAUCCCGGUCUGCAAGCCGAUGAAGACCUACGCGCAGCAGCUGCUCGAGUUCGACCAGGAUGACGAGGAGCUCUUCGCGCUCAUCGCUGACGAGAUCCGCGAGCCGACCUGGCUCACUCCCCGUUCAUCCACGUCCUCGCCCAUGUCCACGAUCUCUUCGCAUUCCCGCUCGAGCUCCUUCAGCUCCGGCUCCGGCUUCUCCUUCUCCUCCGUAGACUCCGCCUCGUCCUACACUUCCUCGUCCACGGUCUCGCAAUCGUCCUGCGCGGCUUCCCCCGCGGACGAGCGUCCCCAGGUCAAGCUCUCCCGCCGCGAGCGCGCCCGCCAGGCGCGCGUCUUCGUCGACGCGACCAAGACGGCGGUGACCAACUACGACGGCGGCAAGACCACCGUCCUCACCGGCGGCGUCAUGCUCGGCGGUGGCGCGAAGCCCAAAGCCGUCCCCACCGCGGCCGCGGCGCCCAAGAAGGCGAGCCUCACCGGCGGCUGGCGCUCCUUCGCCCCCCGCGCCUAA